CGCGCAGCUCGCGGCCCCGGCCUUGGGGCUGCGCGGGCCCGGGGCUCCGGCGAGCUGAGGCGGCGGCGCCGGCCCGCGCGCCCCUUGGGGCCGCCCCCGCAUCCCGCUCGCCGGCGUCUGGCUCUCAUGAUGAUGAAGAAGAAGAAGUUUAAGUUUAAGGUGGACUUUGAGCUCGAAGAGCUCUCCUCGGUGCCCUUCGUCAACGGGGUCCUAUUCUGCAAGAUGCGGCUGCUGGACGGCGGCAGCUUCACCGCCGAGUCCCCCAGGGAAGUGGUGCAAGCCAACUGUGUACACUGGAGGAAGAAGUUCUCGUUUAUGUGCAAAAUGAGUGCAAGUGCCACCACAGGCAUUCUGGAUCCUUGUAUCUACAGAGUAUCCGUGAGGAAGGAAUUAAAAGGUGGAAAAGCUUACGCAAAGCUGGGCUUUGCAGAUCUAAACCUGGCAGAGUUUGCUGGAUCAGGAAAUACCACUCGUCGCUGUUUACUGGAAGGCUAUGAUACCAAAAAUACAAGACAGGAUAAUUCCAUUCUUAAAGUUUUGAUCAGUAUGCAGCUGAUGUCUGGCGACCCAUGUUUUAAAACGCCUCCUUCAACGUCGAUGUCUAUACCAAUUGCUGGUGAAUCUGAAUCUCUGGAAGAAGAUAGAAAAGGUGGCGAGACUCUCAAAGUCCAUCUUGGAAUAGCAGAUCUUUCAGCAAAGAGUGCCUCUGUUCCAGAUGAGCUUGGUGCCUGUGGACAUUCUAGAACGUCAAGCUAUGCAAGCCAGCAGUCAAAAGUAUCAGGGUAUAGCACAUGCCACUCCCGGUCAUCCAGCUUCUCUGAGUUCUGCCACAGGAGAAAUACCUCAGUGGGAAGCACAUCAACAGGAAUUGAAAGUAUCCUAGAGCCAUGUGAUGAAAUUGAGCAAAAAAUACCCGAGCCAAAUCUUGAUACAGCUGCCCCAGAAGAUUCAGCUUUGGAACUGCUCAACAGAUGCCCAGUGAAGCAAGAUUCUGUAGAAUCUCAGCUGAAGCGAGUUGAUGACACCAGAGUGGAUGCAGAUGAUAUUGUAGAGAAAAUACUGCAGAGUCAAGACUUCAGCCUAGAUUCCAGUGCAGAAGAAGAAGGACUGAGGUUAUUUGUGGGUCCUGGGGGAAGUACGACCUUCGGCAGCCAUCAUCUUCCAAACAGGGUGGGGUCUGGAGCUUAUGAACAAGUUGUGAUCAAACGCUAGAAGUCAAGUUGGUGAACUGAAGCUUCUUCCCUGGAGGUUUGAGACAUGGGCAAUCCAGCUGUCAAGGCACUUCAUUCAAGCACUUAGGAGAAUAUGAACAUAUUUGAAAAAUGAAGCACGUUCCUCUAUCAAGGGGAAAGCUGACACUGAUUUCUUCUCUCAAAGUGCACCGCCAUCCUGUCCCACCCACCAGAAGGGAACACCAGAACAGUAGUACCCAGGUGCCAUGCCACGUGUGUUUAGAGGCACACGGCUUCUGUGGUCACUACACACAGUAAUGAAAAGCCUUUCUUUCCAAACAUCCAGGUGGGGAAAACAACACUAUUCGUCUGAGUAUAGCUCAGUCCUGACGUUUAAAACCUACAGUAGAGGUGCUCAACAGGUUUGGGCUCUAAUUAUUUAAUUUUAAUGUUUGGGAGAUAGUAAGUGAAUGACUUGAACCCUAUAAAUUCUGUCAAGAUAGUUAUAAUCUCUUAAGGAAAUCUUCCAUAAUAUUAUAUACUACGUAUGGUAUUAUACUAGGUUUAUUAACUCUUCUUGGUUAAACAAUUGAUAGAAAGUUUGGGUGUUCAUGCUUUGGGGAAAUGUUAUAUUACAGUUGAAGCGUGUAGAAUGCUUAAUUCUAAACAUAUCCGUCACAAAUGGAAUAAGUGUGUUUAAGUCUGAGAUAUGUGAAUGAGUGUAACGCCGUUAUUAUGCAGCAUGCACUGUUGCUUGUUAAUGUCGAGCUGCAGAACUGCUAGCACCAUAUAUGAGAUUCAAGCUAAGUUUAAUAUUCAAUAUGGUAGGCUCCCAUAAGAGUUGUUCUAACUGAAUAAUAUCUGCUGAUUUCAGGAGUCAGAAUUCAGAACAGGAGGAAAAUGUAGCAUCAAAAACCAAGCAGCCUUUUCUGUGUAAGUUUAGCCUUAUCUGAAACUGAAAAUUAUACCAAGGAGGUGGCAGAUAAGUCAGGGGACAGCUGCCUAACAUUACUGACAUGGACUCGUGGUUUUCAAUUUUAACUCCCCACAACGGGAUAGUAUGUUUUUUCCUUUACUAGAACAGCCAUUAUUUUGAGACAAUAAAAGGUAAGAUAAUCCAAUGCAGCUUUUAAAAUAAGUAUUAUCUGAUCUGGAUCCAGUUUAACAAGCUCAGAAGGUAGAUUAUCUUUUUAUCAGGUGGGAAGAGUUUUUCUGGUCUUACAUGACAGGUGUUAAUUUUCUUGACAAGUUUAAUAUACUUGACAAGUUUUAAUCAUUCAUUCACUGAAGAAAAAUGUAGAUUCUGUAGAACCAGUAAUUCCCAGUCCUUACUUUCAAAAUCCUGUCCCAAAAAAUGUGGUAUGUGUGAAUAACUUUGGUCUAGGUAUUUUUAUUUUGGCAAAGUAAAUGGAAAAAUAUAUUAAAAUAUUUCAAUAUCCAAAUAUAAAGGUUUAGGAAAACCUUGAGUAGUUCAUGUUAUGGUUUUUGGUUUUUUAACAUUGCAAGGAUUGGGUAUUCCAAAUUAAUCCAAUACUACUGUUGCACAUAUAUAUAUAUAUAUAUAUAUAUAUAUAUAUAUUUUAAAGGUUAAACCCAUAUUAGAAUAUUUUGAAUGUUGAGAGAGAAGGUUUUGAGUCAUUAGUAAUACUUUUGUUAUUUUGUUUUGAAAGGAAAAAAAGUGACCUGAACAUUUUAGUCUAACCAAGGAAAACGUUAGCUGCAGUGGUAAAGACUUGCUUGCUCUCUGUGAUAAACAAGUGAGUUGAUCCAUCCAUUAUAUAUUAUUGGGGGGGGGGGUGUCAAAGUUUUUAAUAGAGGUAAGAAGAUAGUGUUAGAGAUAUGACGUUUUAAGAACAUAUUUUUCUAUUUUCAAAAUAUUAUUUCUAGACUAUAUUUUUCAUUGGCACUAAUGCAAAUAAUUUUGCAGUUUUGAAAAUAAGAACUAUAGAUUGUAAGCAAGGUUCAGUGAGGACAUUCUUCAGAUAUGUAAGAGGUACUGUAAUCCAGGCAUUGCCCAUCUUCCUCAUCCUUGCCUGCUCUUGGCCUGAUACCUUUAUUCAAGACUGACUCUCUGUAUUUAAAAUGAUAGAGAAUUAUUUUUUAAAAACAAAAUGUGGAGAUCUUGAAAAGCAUAAAUAUCACGUGUUUAGCAGCCACCAGUUACGUCUUGAUUUAUGUAGUAGAAAGUCAUUUUAUUUUUUUAAUGUUUAUUUUUGAGAGCAUGUGCACGCACACACACGUACUACACAGGUAGG